UGCAUUCAAGUUUUCCUUCUUUUCUCACUUCACAACAACAACACAUGCUGCCUUAGAUGAUCGAAUUGAUGCAGCACCACCAAUAAUCACUUCAUCGGCUGUAAGAUCGACCAUUUUUCGAUCAAAGAACAAUAUGCAGCGUGCCGAUGGACUUGGAAGAGGCUUUUCCGUCAGUCAUCAAAAGGUGGCAUUAGAAUUGUCAUUCACCUCGCAAAAUAAUGUCAUCAUCCAAGGCUACACAGAGUUGACAAUAUCUCCCAAUGAUAAAUUUCUAAAAACGCUUCACCUCAAUGCAAAACAGGUUCACGUUCAACGUAUAACAUGUUCUGGUCAAGAUGCAGAGUUUUCGAUCGUUGACCACUCUUCCAACAUUGUCUUAUCCGAAAAGGAUGUUCACAAGAAUCCAGAGCUAAAGCGUAAACUUUUUGCUGCUGCAAGCGAUGGAGCAGGAGGCGAAUUGGACAUCCUUCUUCCUUUUGACGUUGUACAAGAAACAAAUCAAGAUGCAGCUUCUGAUUUCGUUCCUAUCCCUGUCCGCAUUUAUUAUUCAAUCACAGACCCGAAAGAAGCUGUGCAAGUCGCUAUGCCAUCGGACGAAGCACCUCACAGGAUACCCCAUAUUUUCACCUCUGCAACCGGCCCCGAUGCGACUAGGUCUUGGCUUCCAUGCGUCGACAGUUUGUGGGAAAGAUGCACAUGGGAAUUGGAAUUUAUCGUACCCAAAACAUUGGAUGGCGAAAUGAUGACAGUGAUCGCAUCCGGAGACUUAGUUGAAAAGGUCAUUCAUCCACACAAUUCGAACAAGAGCAUCUUCUAUUUCUCACAAGCAUCCGCCACGUCUGCUCAGCAUAUCGGUUUUGCUGCAGGACCGUUCGUGAUGUACGAUAUCCCUCUAGCAAAACGAGAUGAGCCCAGUGGACGUGCAGUGGCGUUUUGCUUGCCGGGUAGAGAAGAGGAAAUGUUCAAUAGUGUGGCUGUAGUCCAUCAGGCUCUAGACUUCUAUAGCCGAGAAUUUGGUUCUUAUCCGUUUGGUUCAAUGUCGGUCGUCUUUGUUGAUGAACCUAUUCAUGAUGUUCACAAUACGUCUACACUCGCGAUUUGCUCGAGUGACUUACUGCACCCGCCGACUGUCAUCGAUCAGGCUUUGGAAACACGUCAAAUUUUGAGUCAUUGUGUGGCUUUCCAAUGGAUUGGGAUCAACAUCAUUCAGAAAACAUGGUCAGAUACUUGGCUGAUCAACGGGCUUAGUCUUUAUAUCUCUGGAUUGUUCAUGCGUCGUCUACUUGGAAAUAACGAAUACCGUUUCAGGCUCAAGAAGGAUUGUGAUCGAUUAUUGACAUGGGAUAUCGGCAUGCCACCUUUGUACAUCUCCGGAAGACAAGAAGCACCUGAAGAAGACUAUCUCUCUUUCAUCAAUUUAAAGGCUCCUUUGGUCCUUCACAUUCUUGAUAGAAGAUUGUGCAAAGCUGGUGCAACCCUCGGUCUUGGUCGUGCGAUUCCAAAAGUCUUCUUGCAAGCCAUCACUGGAGAGAUGGUGAAUGCUACUUUGAGCACCAGUAACUUUUUGCGAACGUGUCGCAAAGUGAGUGGGAUAGAAUUGCGUCGUUUCUCUGAUCAAUGGAUCUAUGGUAGCGGUUGCCCAACAUUUGUUUGUAAUGCCAACUUCAACAAGAAGAAGCUUUUGAUCGAAUUUAACUUUCACCAAUAUACGCCAAGUUGGGAUUACGCUCAAAGGAAUCCACUGGAAGCAGCCGGCUCGAAUCCUGUUCAAUUAUUCGAAGGUCAAAUGACUGUUCGAAUUCAUGAAGCCGACGGAACGCCUUACGAGCACGUCUUUGAUAUGAAUGAUGCACAAAGGAGAUUCGAAGUGCCUUUCAAUACGAAGUAUAAACGUGUUAGGCGAAAUACCAAACGUUUCAAGAGUAGACAGGCGGCUGCCAAAGCUGCAGCUGAAGGUGAUGAAGGUGCGGCAGAAGAUAUUUCUUUAAUGGAUCUGGGUUUCGGUUUGGGUAUGUGGGAAGAAGAAGAGCAGCGUGAAAAGUGGCGGGUAGCUGAUUGGACCGAAGAGGAAGAAGCGCAAAUGUCUUCAGCGCCUUAUGAAUGGAUUCGAAUGGAUGCCGACUUUGAAUGGAUUGCUCAUAUACAAUUCGAUCAAAAGGAUUACAUGUGGGUUUCUCAAUUACAGCGUGAUAGGGAUGUUGUUGCUCAAGCAGCUGCAAUUCAGGCGCUUGGAAGGAUGCCAAAUGCAAUCGCAAGUUCAAUGCUUACACGUACAGUGCUUGUGACAAAGUACUUUUUCAGAAUCAGAAUAGAAGCAAUCCAUCAGCUGGUAGGAUGUGCGCUCAAGUCUUUGGACUAUCUUGGUCUAUUUCAUUUACUGAUGCUUUUCAGGACCUCAUAUUGUCAUGAGACUGCAAACAAUACAGAUCUGGAUGCGCCCUCUAUCCCCAAGGCAAAUGACUUCUCAGAUUAUGCAGAAUAUUUCGUGAAGCGUGCGCUCAUCCAAGCAAUCAGCAAUGUACGCAACGAGCACGGCAGAAGUCUACCCCAAGUGAAACGGUUCAUCAUCAAUCUUUUGCGAUACAAUGACAAUUCUAAGAAUCGCUUUGUAGACGACUUUUACAUUGCCGGUCUUAUUAGUUGUCUUGCUCAUGCACUUGUGCCGCUUGAUUCACUUUGGGGUCAAUAUGUCCCUGCAAACGAGGAUCCUUCAGCUAUUGAUGACGACAUGCUGCUAGCAUCUGCACGCCAAGAGGUAGAGCGCUUCCAAGAGCUUGAUCGACUCGUUCCAUCUUUCCACAAUGUUGUCAGCAUGUCAUGUUUGGACUUCCAGGGAAAUUUGAUGCUGGCGAACAUUAUCCCGGUCAAUCUUCCUCUCCUCCAUUCUUACACUCGUCAAGGCAACUAUACCUCUCUUCGCAUCACUGCCCUGGACUACCUCUUGUUGAUUCAUGGAUUGCAACACAAGAUUCUCACACGAUACUUUUUCGCCCUUUUGCGUUCUGACGAGAGCCGAGCAGUCAAACGUGCACUUGCACGUUCAAUCUGUCAAUCGAUGGCCGUUUUUGUUGCAGUCGGGGAGAAGCGUGAUAGAGCAAUUGUUGACGAAAGUGAAAACGGAAAGACGGAAGAACAACAAUUGGAAGAAUCAUUGAAGAUCAUCCGCAAGGAAGUUGGACGAUCAGCAAGCGUUCGUGAAGGUUUUUUGGAGGCUAUUCUUCAUCCAGGCGUUGAUAUCGGAGAACGUUGGGCAUUGUUGAAAUUGGGAGAAUUGCUAUUCAAGCCAAGUGAAGAACAUGAAGUGCCCUUCCAACCCAAGGUCUCUGUCCGCGUACGCAUGCCAUCACUUGCCGAGCAAGUUGAACAAGCUUCAGGUGCGAGACAACGAACUGAAACGGGAACACCAAAGAUCAAACUUGUUCGUACCGAAACGACUCCAAGAGUGGCAUUCGAGGACAAAGUAUCGGCGACUCCUGCUGCUCCGGUAAAGAAGAAAAAGAUCAAACCGAUUGCGCCUGGUCAAGCUUCUGGUAUGACAUUGACAGAUCUGACAGCUUGUCGAAAUGCACUGAAAAGGGUGCAAAACAGCAAACAUUCGCACUUGUUUCGCAAACCUGUUGAUCCUGUUCGUGAUAAAGUUCCUGAUUACUUCAAUGUGAUUCAGAAUCCAAUGGAUCUAAGUAGUAUCGAGAACAAAUUGAACGAAGGGAUGUACAAAGAUCGAUUCGAAUUCAAAGAAGAUUUCGAAUUGGUCAUCAAUAACGCAAAGCAAUACACGCCAGAUCCAAAAGCAUUCGUUCAUACUUCUGCUAAUUCACUUAAUCGUGAAUUCCAAACCUUGUGGAAUCGUAUUACAAAAACUUUGGCACAUGCAGCAGCCAACAAUAUGGCAGCUACCAAUGGAAACGGAAAUACAGAAGAAACACCGGAGAUUCGUGAAUCUGCGGAUGCUGAAGAAGCUUCUCCAGUUCCCCAGCCUGAACCUCAAGAGGCUCCAGUCAGAACACCUAUGGCGCCUCCUGCUGCUCCUGCACGAGCUGGAUUCAAAAUCAAGCUUAAACCGAAAUUGUCUACCGAUAACGCACAAAGCGAUGACUCUCCUGCUCCUGUCGAUCGGGCUUACGAGCCGGAAAUGAAGCAAACAGUACCCAAGCAGCAAAAUGCGAGAGCAUCGUCGAGAGCUGUUGAGGAGAGCUUUACUUCUAGAAGUCCUUCGCCCGCUCAAAGAUCUCGCACUUCCUCUCCUAUCGUGAUACGAGAGAAGGCUAUGUCACCCGUUGCUUCUAGGUCGCCGAGUGUAAAGCUUACAAACGGAUCAAAAAGUGCAAAUGGUACUGCAAAUGUGGAAAAUCUUCCGAUUCUUCCGAAAAAAUGCAAAAAUUUGUUGGAUACAUUGAAGAAGGAACCUGCAGCUGCAAUUUUUUUGAGACCUGUGGACCCGGUAUUGGAUGGUGCACCAACGUAUUUUGAUGAGAUUAAACAUCCUAUGGAUUUGGGAACAAUGACCAAAAAAUUGAAUGAAGGCAAAUAUUCCACUAUGGGUCAAUUCAAAGCAGAUAUGGAAUUAAUAUUCGCCAAUUGCAGAAAGUUCAAUCCGCCCGAAACGCUUCCCGUUGAACUUGCCAAUGCGCUCGCAACAGCAUUUGAGAGAGAAUGGCGUAUUGCAUGCAUUCCAAAGCUUGAACCUGUGGAGAUAAAAACAUUGCAAAGUUUGGUGAAAAAGUUGGGAAGUGUGGAUGGAGCCAUACUAUUUUUGGAGCCUGUAGAUCCGGUCAAAUUAGGCAUUCCGGACUAUCACAACAUUAUUCCAAAGAAAGAUGCUAGAGAUUUGCAAACAAUCGCGAGCAAGCUUGCUGCAGGACAAUAUGGAACAAUGUAUGACUUUGAUGCGGAUAUUCGUUUGAUGCUGCAUAAUUGUUAUACAUUCAAUGUAAGCGAUGAAGCAGUCACUGAUAUGGCAAAGAAAUUCGAAAAGCAAUAUGACAAGUCUUGGUCCGAUAUUCGAAGCAAACACGGCUUGGCUAAACGGAAAGCAAACGGUUCAAGUUCUGAUCUGGCUGCGGGCAAUUCUAAGAGGCAAAAGAAGUGAGACAAUCCUCUCACACAUUACUAUACAUUUGCAUAAGCAUCUCAUUGCCAAAAUACUCUAUCUAUGUAUCAAUACACAAAAACACCCCAAAAGGAUGACCUCUAAUCCGUGCAAUGCAUCUUUAUCAAUGUUUGAAACUAC